GCCGCCGCGGCUCCCGAGCUGUCAGUGUGCAGGCAGCGCCGCGGCCCCGCGCCUAUCCCCGCGCCGCCCACCGCCGCCAGCGGCCGCAGGUACGGGGCCGGGGGAGCCGUUGCCGCCGGGGCCGGGCUGCAGCUGGAGAGGAAGGGGCUGGGGCUGGGACCCCUCGGCCGGACGGGGCGAUGGGAGGGGGCCUGCUCCGCGGAGGAGCCUGCGGGGGCCGCCGGCACGCGGAGCGGGGGCAGCGGGGCCGUCCGUCCUGCGAGGGCGGGCGCUCGGGACGCGCUGCCGGGUCUGGAGCCGGGUGCGGAGGGACGGUAGGGUGGGCUGCGGUCCGUCUCCGCAGACGGAGAGGGACCGGCCAACAGGUUAGCGGGGAAUGCCUGAAUUAGCCCCCUCUUUUCCCCCUUUUUAUUUUCGUUUUUCUAUUUUCCACUCUUAUGAAAUGGGUAGAGUUUACGGGGACGGGCGUGAAAUCGUGGCCCCGCUUGGAGCCGAGGUUGGAGAACCUCCCGGGGGCCGGCCAUAGGGAAGGGAAUCCUGAAUAACGUCCCGAGGGGCACUUUCUCAGAUGGGAAAUAACGCUUUAGCUUCCUAGGGGAACUAAGUCCCAUGGGUUUUCCCAAGACUGGUGUAUGCAGCUGAUUCUGUUAUACACAGUACUCUACCAAAUAAUCUAGCUCAAUCAUUCUCUGUGUACUUGACAAUCCCAAUGUCAUCUCCUCAACCCACCCCCACAAAGCUCCUAGGGAAGUGGGUCAGCAUCCCCAGAUGAUGUCUCCACCAGGCAUUCGGUGCGUUUCUGCUCUGCCAGCUGUCUGGAAGGCAGCGUUGUGACCCUUCAUUAUGCACAUACUGAAUGAGCAUUGCUUCAAUUAUUCAUUCUGAUGCUAUUGCAACCUUCUGCAGCUUCUCUUCUCCAGGGAGAUGAUGUGUAACAAGACUUUGAAAUACUUUGCCAUUGAGGCUGUGAUCCGACCUAAGCACAUAGCAGCUGUUUGCUCACGUAGCCAUUCUUAAGGGUUAAUUUACAGCAGUAAAAUGUAUGUCAGGGAAGAGUGUGGAUUCCCAGUAGGACACAUUACCCUCUGCAUUCCCUCUGUUCACCUCUAAAAAGCUGCAGUAAAGCUGAAGCCAGAGUACUGAAUGGCUAGUGGACAAGGUUCUAGAAAUGUGUUUUGUAUUUUCUGUCUGAAGGAGUUAAUGCCACGAAAGUACUUUUGGUCUCCUUAAGGGAGAACCUAUGGCUUCAGCAUGGCAUUGGUUUAAAUCUGAUAAGUUGUCCAUGUGGUUGACAUUUGCUAUUUUGCUGGUGAAGAAGCAGAUUCAGAAAUUAAGUACACCGCAAACAGAGAUUUGUCGAAAAAGCUUGGAAUCUCAUUUGUUGUUAUUUGUGUCUUACUAAUGUGAUCAUCUGUUCAUUUUGCCAUGUUCUCCAGAGAAUACUCAUUGAUAAAUGGAGAACCAUUCAUAUUUUCAAAGUACAGAAGGCGACACUGAUCCACAAAGGCCAGUGGCCUUACUUGUUGAAAUAUAGAUGUGACCUGCAAUCAAGCAGUGCUUACAUUGUCUCUUUUAAUAGUAGACAGAUUUCCAAAUAGCAGCAAGGCCAAUUGUUGAUCUCUGGUUCUUGGAGUUCUCGUUUAUAUAUCAGACAGUAAUCUGGAUGGACACAGACUCAAAGAGAAAUGCUGUAUACCUGAGCUAUAGACAGCUGUGGUAAGUUUGCAUCUUCUGUGCAUAGCACCCGAGAAUGUGAAGACCAAAAGAGGCUAGUGCUAAUAAAACAGUGAGCUUCCAAGUGAUCACAGUCAUUCUGCUAAAAUUUUACUUUCUUAUGGUUAGUUGUGGGCAGAGAGCACUGACAUAAACAACUCUGGUAGCCAACAGUACAUUUCCAAGAUGGGAAGUGUCCCUGAGAAUAUUCUCAGCUGAAAAACCCCUCCCAUGAGAUGUUCAUCACUAUUUUGGCUCUUAGGCAUGAGAUUAGAAUGAGAUUAGAUUGAAAUGUUAGUCUUAAAAAUGCUAAAGUCUGGGGCUUUGUUACCAGCAUUUGAAAUGAGAUAUUAGGAUCUGGUAGGUUUUACUCUUGAACUCUCCCACUCACCCAUUCUUUUUCACUGCCCAAAGCAUGAAGUGUACAUUUUACUCAAAGAUGCACAGUUAAGGAGAAUGAAGUUCAACUUGCAUUAGAAUUACAUCUUAUUGACUAGUCUGUAGCACUGCAUCUUUAUACUGCUGUGGAAGACAUUAAGGCUUGGUAUUUGAUAGUUUGUCAUACUUUAGUAAAGGAAUCUGCCUGACUGACCCCAGGUUUCACUCAGCAGAGCUGAAAAGCUUUAGCUCUUUCUUUCUGAUUUGAUAGAUCCAAUUGCCCAGCAUAUCCAAGCACAGAUAAAUGAGGAUUUAAGUUUUCCUUUCAGCUUUCCUGAAUCUUUACCUUUACCUUUACCUUUGCCAAGAAAUGGAAUUUGCCUGAUGUUCAAAUGAGAUAAGUCAGUAAUGUGCAAAUGCUGUGCUGCUGUCUCUCUUGUCAAUCACCUUUAUCCCCCUGAGUGAUUUCUUGUUUCUGUAAAGCCUCUCUCUAGAUGCGUACAUCCUCCAGACAGGUUAGAGAACAAAGGAGGAAUUCCUGCUGCCUCUAAUCAAAGGUCUGAGGUUUCCAGCAGAGGUAGCCCAGUCAGAAUCAGGAGCUGAUCACAGAUUAGAGCAGUAAGUUGCCUCUCCUGAGGCUAAUAAUUGAUUACUAGAGCUCCACUGGCAAACAGUACAGAUUCAUAAAGUCCUGUUUCUUCUUCACCGUUCAUCUGGUUAAUCCAUUUAAUGUAUAUUUUUUGUUGUCAGGGAUUCAGCAACAGUGUCAGGAAAACUGUCAUAUUGGGUGAAAGAAUCUGGGGAAGCUAUGGAAGCAAUUCCUGAAAUGGGAGCCGGAACCAGCUGAGAGAUUUCAGCCACUGUUGUCAGGAGGAAAAUCAGGUCCUUUUUAUGCCCAUAUACAAUGAUGACACUGAAGGUUCAGAUUCUGUUUGGCUUCUUCUGGAGUGUGAUUUUAAUGCGUACAGAUGGCUUCCCAGUAGACAGCAAUACUGAAUUUCGCUCUGCUUUCUCAGUGGCCAGAACCAGCAGCAUGGAAGGGAGCUCUGAAAUGGUCAUUACCUUUGACAAAGUGUAUGUGAACAUUGGCAAUGACUUUGAUCCCAAGACCGGGUUGUUUCGGUGUCGUAUUCCUGGAGCUUACUACUUCUCCUUCACAGUUGGGAAAUACCCAAAGAAAAACUUGUCUGUCAUGCUGAUGAGAAACAAGAAUGAAGUGCAAGUGAUUGUGUAUGAUGAACAUCACCGCAAGGAACGGAAGGUAGCCAGCCAGAGUGCCAUGCUGCAGCUUGACUAUGGUGACACUGUCUGGCUGCGUUUACAUGGAGACCCCAAGUAUGCUCUUUACAGCAAUGUGGGCCCCUAUACAACUUUCAAUGGCUAUCUAAUCUAUCCAGACACAUCUGCCUUCUUCCAGAACGCUCUCAGCUCUCAAGAGCUGGGGCCUCACCGUCACAAUGUUCAGAAACUUCCAGGAGAGCAGAAUGUAGCUUCACAGCGACAUAUGUUAUCCGAUCAGCCUAAGAAGGAGCAAGACCCUCGCUCUGCAUUUUCUGUUGCCCGCUCACAAAGUCUCCUAGGCACAGAUAGCAAGCAAACCCAGCAUGAGCCCAUCACAUUUGACACAGAGUUUGUGAAUAUUGGGAAAGAUUUCAAUUCCUCCACUGGCAUCUUCUCAUGCCGUAUACCCGGUGCAUACUAUUUUUCCUUCACCAUUGGCAAAAUGCCCUUUAAGACUAUGUCAGUGAAACUUAUGAAGAACCACAAUGAGGUGCAGGCCAUGAUCUAUGAUGACAACCACUCCAAGAGGCGGGAGAUGCAGAGCCAGAGUAUCAUGCUGCCUCUGCAGUACGGGGACACCGUCUGGCUCUACAGCCAUCAGCAUGAUGGCUAUGGUGCCUACAGCAACCACGGCAAGUACAUCACCUUCACGGGCUUCCUCAUCUAUUCGGAGCCUCAGCCAAAGCGGCUCCCGGGUGCCAGCUCACUCCAAGGGUCAGAAAAUUAAAUGUGGAUGUGAAAGGAGCGUAAGAAAAGCCAGGGUGCCACGAACUUGGGUAUUGCUCCUCUUUGGAUAUAAUCCUCUACUUUGAGCAUGCUAUCAUGUGUACAGUGCUUUCUUUAUGCUGCACGCUUGUGCCCUGACCGCAGGGCCAUUGCUGUGUCUGUCAUUCAUCCAUAGAAAAGUCUGUACAGGAAUGUAUGUGUGUGUCCUGUGUUGGUGUUUGACUUGAGCAUAAAGCAUGAGGUAGUUUUGGGGCAGGGGCGGGGCAAUGUAGUGAAAUGCUGAGGAUCAGGGAAACACUGCAGUCAUGCCGCUGCAGAUCUCUAGCAUCCAGAAAGCAAAGGAUGUGGUGACUUUUCUUGCAUAUGUGGGAAGGAAAUAGAUGUAAUGAAAUUGAAUGUAAUAAAAAAUACAAAAGGUGUAAAAUUUU